AUGAAAAGCAAGAUCCCACCGUUUCUCCGGACCAAGAAGGGAAUAACCAUAGUCGUUGCAUGUACUGUCAUCAUACUCGGCGGCGGUCUCUCGGGGCUGGCUGCGCUUCACAACCGAGGCAGCCACAAGUCUCGUGGUGACACCGGUGACAGUUCCGGUAUGCAGGUCAUCACCAGCGACUCCUAUUUCUAUGGCCAGUCUCCUCCUGUGUACCCGUCACCAAGCAUGACUGGUGUUGGUUCCUGGGCCGUCAGUUACAGCAAGGCAGUUGCACUUGUCAACAACAUGACUCUGGAAGAACGUGUGGGCUUGACCACCGGCGCGUCCUCGUACUCCAACGGCUGCUCUGGCUACAUAUCGCCCGUGUCUAGAGUCGGAUUUCCUGGCAUGUGUUUAAGUGAUGCCGGCAACGGCUUGCGCAACACUGACUUCGUCAGCUCAUGGCCUAGCGGCAUCCAUGUUGGUGCCAGCUGGAACCGCGACCUGGCCGCACAGAGAGCCCGCGGCAUGGCCGCUGAGUUCAAAAAGAAAGGAGUCAACGUCCUCUUGGGCCCAGUUGUUAGCCCCGUCGGUCGGACUGUCCGGACUGGACGGUUCUGGGAGGGAUUCUCUGUUGACCCGUACCUCGCUGGCAUAAUGGCAUAUGAGACGGUCACAGGCUGCCAAGACGAGGGGGUAAUCACAAGUACAAAACAUUUUAUUGCCAACGAGCAGGAGACGAACCGCCAGCCUAUCGACGGUAAGGAGGCAGUGUCGUCCAAUAUUGAUGAUCGCACGAUGCACGAGCUCUAUCUUUGGCCUUUUCAGGAUGCUGUUUACGCAGGCACGGGAAACAUUAUGUGCUCUUACAAUCGAGUGAACAAUUCGUACGGGUGUGCCAAUAGCAAAACCCUGAACGGAUUGUUGAAAACAGAGCUCGGAUUCCAAGGCUUUGUCGUGUCUGACUGGGGUGCACAACACGCUGGUGUGGCUACAUCAUUGUCUGGAAUGGACAUGUCUAUGCCAUCAGGAAGCGCCUUCUGGGGGAGUCAUCUGGUUGAAGCGGUACAGAAUGGAUCUGUCGCAGAAUCACGAAUCACCGAUAUGGCAACAAGGAUCAUUGCAACAUGGUACCAGAUGGACCAAGACUCAGACUUCCCGACGCCUGGCAUUGGUAUGCCGGCGGACCUCACAAAGCCGCACGAUAUUGUCGACGGCCGCAACUCUACUGCAAAACAAACUUUGCUAGAUGGUGCCAUCGAAGGCCAUGUGCUGUUGAAAAAUGACAACAAUGCCUUGCCGUUGAAGGCGCCCAACUUCAUAUCGAUAUUUGGAUAUUCGGCAAAGGCUCCAGAUCGGAACGACUUCACCCCAGGUAGCACUACAGCAUGGAGUUUCGGGGCAGAACCAGCAAACGAAACGGACACGUAUCUGGCCUUCAACAGCGGUCCGCCGAAAUCCCCUUCAGCUAUCGCACUAAACGGCACGUUGUUUUCUGGUGGCGGCUCGGGCGCUACGUCUCAAUCACUCGUUAGCGCACCAUUUGAUGCUAUUAUGCAACAAGCCUGGACUGACGGUACCGAGUUAUUUUGGGAUUUUUCCACGGCUAGUCCCAGCGUUAACGCUGCCUCUGGCGCCUGUCUCGUUUUGGUCAAUGCAUGGGCAUCAGAAGGCUAUGACCGGCCCGGAGUUCGGGACGACUACACGGACGAACUGAUCAAAAAUGUCGCUGAUCAGUGCAGCAACACCAUUGUUGUUGUGCACAACGCUGGCGCGCGUGUCGUCGAUUCAUGGAUCGACCAUGCCAACGUCACGGCACUGAUAUUUGCUCAUCUGCCGGGCCAAUACUCUGGACAAGCACUGGUGUCCAUCUUGUAUGGCCAAUCGAACCCGUCGGGAAAGCUGCCAUACACGGUAGCUAUGAAUGAAUCUGACUACGGCACUAUCUUGGAUCCGGCAUUGCCAGAAGGAGAAUACAUCAAGUUUCCACAGGCCGACUUUUCAGAAGGUGUAUUCAUUGACUACCGACGCUUUGAUGCCAGCAAUAUGACGCCACGCUUUGAAUUUGGCUUCGGUCUUUCGUACACAACAUUCGGCUACACAGGCCUCCAGAUCACCAAGUCAUUGUCUGGAAGUGCCUCAGGAAAUGCCAGCACUGGCAACGACAACAGCACUCUAUUUGCCCGCUACCCGACAGGCGCUGUUCGGCAAGGUGGCCAGGCUGACCUUUGGGAUACGCUGGUAACAGUCACGGCAAACAUAACCAACACAGGCAAUGUAGAUGGUGCCGAGGUUGCACAACUCUAUAUCACAAUUCCAGGUGGUGGCAAUGACACCAGCAGCGAUUCGGCUGUGCCAGUUCGCCAGCUGCGUGGGUUUGAGAAGACAUUUCUCAACACGUCGCAGACGGCCACAGUCGAGUUUUCGCUGACGCGUAGGGAUCUGAGCAUAUGGGAUACGGUGGCACAGAAAUGGCUGUUGCAGCGAGGCAGCUACGAUGUGAGUGUAGGGUCAAGCAGUCGCAGCCUUCCUCUGGUGAAGUCUUUUGGUAUUCUUUGA